AUGGACCGGGCACCAAGCCAGCCUGUUGAUGGGUCGAGAAACAGCGACAACCCGCAUUCGUCCCAGGAAUCAUCCCCACAUAAUAAGAAGCGAAUGGCACGGUCAUGUCUAAAUUGCCAUAGCCGAAAAGUGCGAUGUGACAGAAGAAUCCCCUGCGUCAACUGUUCGAAGCAUCGAAUUCCUUGCGUCUAUCCUUCCAAAGAUCACCGCCAGACACAGAAGACUCCCACUCUUCAAGAUAUCACCAACUCGUUGGAACGACUCGAACGCUUGAUUUUGUCUAUUGUGAAGAGUGGUGAAAAUGAGGGCCAGUCACAAACGCAAGUUCAGGCUAAUUCCGGUGUAGAAAGCAACGAAACUGGGACUGCUAACCUCAGUGGCUCCUAUCGACGGCCUGGCAACUCGACCUGGGAUCUAUUGUGGAAUAAAGAGCGAGUUGUUGGCCAAGUAGCAGACAAUUCAGGCGUCGUUUCCUCACACCAAGAUGCAAGAUCAACACCUUCAUAUCCCUGGAGAAAUAUGAGGACUUCUCCCACACCUGUUGCGCAGCUAGAUACCAACAGACUGGUGAUAUCUGCUGAUGUGCUCCAAUUAUAUCCUGACACCCAGCUGGCUCUUCGCUUGUGGAAUGUGUACGUCACGUCAGUCGAUCCAGUCGUCAAAAUAUUGCAUAUACCAACCGUUCAAUCUACUGUCCUCGCAACUAUUCUGGACCCUAGCUCUGCAUCAUCCUCAACAUUGGUGUUGACUUUGGCCAUAUAUUACGCUGCUGUCACAGCCCUUUCCCACGACAAUAGUCAUGAGUCUAGCACCCUACAACCUGCGGAUAUAUCAGUGCUCUUGAAACAAUACAGGAUGUGCCUGGAUCGACUUCUUACUGUGGUUGAACUUACGAGUCGCCCUGAAAUUAUGUCAUUACAGGCUCUUGCUAUUUAUGCAACUUGUCUACGAGCCAACGAACUCGGCCGAAGUGCAUGGGUGCUUAACGGGCUGGCAAUCCGGCUAGCUCAAUCUAUUGGAUUAUACCGAGAGGACGCAAGCCUUCGAAUGAAGCCAUUUGAAACUGAAAUGCGCCUCCGCCUCUGGUGGCAUCUGUGUGUGCUUGACUCACGUGCCCCAGAGGACCAGGGAGUUCAACCUGCCGUUGAUAUCAGAAAUAUUGGAAUGAGACUCCCAUUAAAUUUGAAUGACAAUCAAAUUUAUCCAGAUAUGACACAAUUGCCUGUAGCGUCAACAGGCUGGACGGAAAUGUCUUUCUUUCUAAUUCAAGCAGAGUCGUGCCGGCGGGUACGUCCAAUUGUUGACGCCCAAGGGAUGGGGUCUGCAAACCCUCUGCUAGAUAUUGAGGAUGGUCGAAAUCAUAUCCGUGAUCUCGAUGAUCGCUUACAAGAGAUGUUUGGUAUAUCUCCUAGGUCUGGAGGACUCACUGGCUUGCCGCGUAUCGCAAUGCAACACAUCAGCAUGGCUUGCAAGAAAGUACUAUUUGUGCUCCAACUGCAAGAGCAGCUUAUUAUGCAAAAGAAAAAUAGGACACAUGACAAGGGGACUUCUGAAGCUCUCAAGCAGACUUUUGCAUUGGCCUGUGACGCAUUAGAAAGCAGUCAUGUGCUACUAAAUGAUCUUGCUUCCAAAUUCAACUGGUUUUUCAGUAUGUAUACACAAUGGUACGCUCUCACAUACGUUAUGCGAUGUCUUUGUAGCAGCUCCAAUCACGGCAGACUUGAGACAGAACGCGCUUGGUUUCUGGUCGAAGAGCUAUUUCCUCACGAAUUGAACUUCCAAGCUUCCUCAGUGGGGGAUCAGGGCGAAUAUAAUCACGGCAGCAUCUGGCGCUAUGUUGGCAUGCUCCGAGAUCAAGCUUUAUCGGUCAGGAAACGUGCUGGGCUUCCUGUGGGCACCGCAGCUGUCGGGGCUCAGCCGCCCAGCAAUAUUCAAUUCGAUGGAUGGCAGCUUCCAGAUGCCAUAAACACGGCAUUUCCUGCUAGUGGCUCAACGGCGACAGGAUAUGAAACGACUAGUCUUCCUGGGUUUGGCCAACAGCCUAAGGGAAGUUCUAGUCAAGAUCCUUUUUCAUUUUCAGAUUUGUCAAUGCCGGGUGCUAUGCUAUUAACGGAUUGGGAUGCGGUGAUCAAUGGCUAUAUUUACGAUAAUGAAUCUUUCAGAAGGGAUUUUGAUAUGGUGCAGUGA